AUGUUAGAAUAGAAAUGUGGCUGUUCACCUGAUCAUUAAGAGAAUAUAAUUGGAAUUUGUUUAUCAGAUAAAUGCGUGAAUAAUGCAAUAUUUUGCUAUUUAUGUUUAAAAUAGUUCCACUCUGAGCACUAGCAAUAAUGUCAGACUUUUAAAAUUCUCUACAACUAACUAAUCCUUGAGUAAAACGAACUUUAAAUUUAUGUUAAUUAUGUAAAAGAAUUUAAGGUGAUAUUUGAUGAAAUCUAUAAAAAGCAGCUAGAAAAAAAUUAAGAAAAUAUUGAAAAAUUAAAUUCAAUAAAUUUGCGUAUGAAAGACAAAUCAUAUUAUCCAACAUAUUCAGACAUCCAUUUUCUAAAAAGUAAUAAGGCAAGCUUAUAAAAUUUUAAAUGUAAAUUACAAAAAUUAUCUGAGCAGAAUGGAUUUCUAGAUUGGAGUGGAUUGAGAAAUAAGUUUAUAAUUAGAAUGAUUAUAAUGAUCAUGAUCAGAAUGACGAUAAAACUGAAACUUUGAAAGUUGAUACUGAACAGGACUAAACUGAUAAUUAAACAAUAGAUCCCUAAAGUGUUGAAAUAGACUUAAAAAAGUGUAAUACAAUAACUAAUAAUAUAUAAAGGUGAAGAAUUAAUAUAACUCAAAGAAUACUCUUUAGCAAUACAAAAUAUGUAGAAAGGAAUUGAAUUGAAUCCUUAGGGAGCAAUUUAGUUAAUUUAAUAAAAUAUUAAUCUGAUUAACAGUUAAAAUCUUAGCCAACUUGAAGCAUCAAAUCUGAGGGACAUCAUUCAUUAAGCAAAAAAAAUCAUUGAUGAAAAUCAAAGUUUGGAAGAAACCAAUAAUUUAUCAGAUGAUAAGAAAUAAGAAAAAUAAAAUGAAAUCAUUGAGAUAGAGAAAACUUUUAAAUCUUACUUAGUGGAACUCAAUUAGAUUAUUUCAGAUUAUUAAGAUGGCAAAUAUUAAAAAGAAGUAAUUCAUGAUUUGUUUAUAAUGAAAGAUAGAACAAAAAAUACAUCAAUAGCUUUAUUACAAUUAAAUCUAUCAAGGCAACAUAAGCACUGAUAAAACAUAAAUUAGCAUCCUUUUCUAAGAAGGUGAUGUACUAUUUACACAAUAACACUAUGAAGAGGCUAUUAAAAUCUUUAAUAAAAUUAUAGACAUAGAUUCAAAGAAUUCUACUGCUUAUAGAAAUAAAGGUAUAGAAGCAAAAAUAUUAGCUUAAUGUUUAAAUCUUUUGGAACGUCAUGAAGAAGCUAUGGAAUAUUCAAGCUUAGCUAUAUAAAUUGAUCCUGAAAAUUUUGAAUCUUAUCUUAUAAGGGGUAUUAAUUAAUUUUUACUGAAGGAAUUAGUUAACUCAAAUUAAAUCUGUAUCAAGAAGCAAUUGAUUCAUUUUAAACGGUUCUAAAUUUAGAUAAUAAUUAGCAUACAGCUUAUGCCUUAAAAGGUAAAUUCUAAUUAAAAAUCAUAGGAUAGGCUUUACAUCAUCUAAAAAGAUUUAAAGAGGCAAUUACAUAAUUCGAUCUUGCCUUGUUCAUCUAUCAAGAUGUUUCAUAUCUGAUAAAAAAAGGUAUAAGGUGGAGUUAUAUUUUAGCGGAUUCAUUAUUUGAGUUACAGGAAUAUUAAGAUGCUGUAACAGCUUAUGAAGAUGCAUUGUUAGCAGGAGCCGAUGAUGUACAUUAUAUUUAUGAGAAAUUGAAAUCAAUAUAAAUUAAUUGA